ACUUCCUCGGCGCCUCCCCGGGGGAGGACGGGCGAACGAGGCGCGGACGGACAGGCGGACAGCAGGGCGGACAGCAGGGCGGACAGCAGGGCGGACAGCAGGGCGGGCAGGGGGCGGACGGCCACGGCGCGGGGGGCGCUCCCGGCUCCCGCUCCCGCGUCCCCGACCCAUGGCGGGCCCGGCCCCGCCCGCGGCCGACGAGCUCCCGGGCCCGGCCGCCAGGCGCCUCUACUCCAGGAUGGAGGCGUCCUGCCUGGAGCUGGCGCUGGAGGGCGAGCGUCUGUGCAAGGCGGGCGACUUCAAGGCAGGCGUGGCCUUCUUUGAGGCCGCUGUGCAGGUGGGCACCGAGGACCUGAAGACACUGAGUGCCAUCUACAGCCAGCUGGGCAACGCCUACUUCUACCUGAAGGAGCACGGCCGGGCACUGGAGUACCACAAGCAUGACCUCCUGCUGGCGCGGACCAUCGGUGACCGCAUGGGGGAGGCCAAGGCCAGUGGAAACCUGGGAAACACACUCAAGGUCCUGGGGCGCUUCGACGAGGCUGCCGUCUGCUGCCAGCGGCAUCUGAGCAUCGCCCAAGAGCAGGGAGACAAGGUUGGGGAGGCGAGGGCCCUUUACAACAUUGGGAACGUGUACCACGCCAAAGGCAAGCAACUGUCCUGGAACACCGCGCACGCCACGCAGGACCCCGGGCACCUGCCGCCCGAUGUCCGAGAGACCCUGUGCAAGGCCUCCGAGUUCUACGAGAGGAACCUGUCCCUGGUGAAGGAGCUGGGCGACCGUGCGGCGCAGGGCAGGGCCUAUGGCAACCUGGGCAACACCCACUAUUUGUUGGGGAACUUCACAGAGGCCACGACCUUCCACAAGGAGCGCCUGGCCAUUGCUAAGGAGUUUGGAGACAAGGCAGCCGAGAGGAGGGCCUACAGCAACCUGGGGAACGCCCACGUCUUCCUGGGGCGCUUUGACGUGGCCGCCGAGUACUACAAGAAGACGCUGCAACUGUCUCGGCAGCUCAGGGACCAGGCAGUGGAGGCGCAGGCCUGCUACAGUCUGGGCAACACCUACACACUGCUGCAGGACUACGAGCGCGCGGCCGAGUACCACCUGCGGCACCUGCUCAUUGCCCAGGAGUUGGCCGACAGAGUGGGCGAGGGCCGGGCGUGCUGGAGCCUGGGAAAUGCCUACGUGUCCAUGGGGCGCCCAGCGCAGGCCCUGACCUUCGCCAAGAAGCACCUGCAGAUCUCCCAGGAGAUCGGGGACCGCCACGGGGAGCUCACGGCCCGCAUGAACGUGGCGCAGCUGCAGCUGGUGCUCGGCCGCCUGACCAGCCCGGCAGCCUCAGAGAAGCCUGACCUGGCCGGCUAUGAGGCCCAGGGGGCCAGACCCAAGAGGACGCAGAGGCUGAGCGCGGAGACCUGGGACCUGCUGAGACUCCCCCUGGAGCGGGAGCAGAAUGGAGACAGCCACCAUUCAGGGGACUGGCGGGGGCCCAGCAGGGACUCGCUACCCCUCCUCGUGAGGAGCAGGAAGUACCAGGAAGGCCCGGACGCUGAGAGGAGGCCCCGGGAGGGCAGCCACUCCCCGCUGGACAGCGCCGACGUCCGGGUGCACGUGCCACGCACGGGCGGUGGUGGCCCUGGGCACCUUGUGUCCUGCCUGCGCUCUGUGUGGCCAAGCACCCAGCGUGGCUCCCUGCUGCUGUGGAGACAGCCUGUGAUCCGCAGCAUCCCGAGGGCCCCGUCUUCGGACGAGGAGUGCUUCUUUGACCUGCUGACCAAGUUCCAGAGUAGCCGCAUGGACGACCAGCGUUGUCCCCUGGACGAUGGCCAGGCCGGGGCUGCCGAGGCCACGGCCGCCCCCACCCUGGAGGACAGGAUCGCCCAGCCCUCGAUGACGGCCUCGCCCCAGACCGAGGAAUUCUUUGACCUCAUCGCCAGCUCCCAGAGCCGCCGGCUGGACGACCAGCGGGCCAGCGUGGGCAGCCUGCCGGGGCUGCGAAUCACCCACAGCAACGCAGGGCACCUCCGAGGCCACGGCGAGCCCCAGGAGCCGGGGGACGACUUCUUCAACAUGCUCAUCAAGUACCAGUCCUCCAGGAUCGAUGACCAGCGCUGCCCGCCGCCUGACGUACUGCCCCGGGGCCCUACCAUGCCGGACGAGGACUUCUUCAGCCUCAUUCAGAGGGUGCAGGCCAAGCGCAUGGACGAGCAGCGGGUGGACCUCGCCGGGGGCCCGGAGCAGGGGGCAGGCGGCCCGCCCGAACCCCAGCAGCAGUGCCAGCCUGGUGCGAGCUAAGGCCCUGUGCCCACCGCCAGGCCCACCCUGCCCCCACUCCUGGACGCCGGACUCACAGUCACAGCCAUGUCCUCCCGAGGCCAUUGCCGAGGACAGGCACUGGGCAUGCAGCCCCACGGCCUCCCCGACCCAAGGCGACAGGCUCAGGCCAAGCUGCCCGUGGUGGGAGGGCGUGCUUCCAUCCUGGGCUGGCCCCCAUGGCCCUCGGCUUCCUCCCUUCUGCCCCUGCCGCAGGCCGGACGGGGCCUUCGGCGUGUCGGCCCCGACCUGGUGCUGUCAGACUCCCGCAUCCUCUCCCCCAAGCCCUUCCCGUUCUGCCCUGCCCUGCCAAAUGUGAAACCCUGCUGUCUCCCCCACCCUCCCCAAAGGUGUCUCUGAGCCGCCUCUUGGGGCCACCAAGGACAGGGCCAUGUUCUGUCCCCCCAGAGCUGGUCUUGGGACGGCCAUGUGACAGGCAUGCUCCACCCCUCUGGCUUCGUCCUGGGGCAGGGCUCCCUCCAAGCCUGUCUCCCCACUCCCCGGCCAGAGGUCAGCAACCACAGAAGGCCCCCCCAGACCACGCAUGGCAGACCAGGCUGCAGUGGCAGCCCUGAGGUGCCCCCCGCCGAGUCCCAGGGCCCUGCAGGGGCCUCGACGGGAGCUGGGCCUAUCUCUAAAGCAGAAGGAAUGGCUGGGUGUGAACUUCGACAUUCCAAAACCCCAAGCCAGGAAAAAGGGCAGGGCCUGGUCCUAGGGAUGCUUGCUGGCAGCAAGAGCAGUGUCCAAUCAGGGUGGGAGGUAGCACCAGGCUCUGUGACCCUCACCCAAGUAGGGAGGGUGGUCAGUGGAAGCUGGGGAGGCUUCACUCAGCUCAACCCUGCAGACCCCCCCAUAUGAGAACCCCCCUCCUCCCACCAGCUGGGGGAGAUGACAUCACUGCUUUCUCCAUGGGGAGGGGGCUCACAGGGCACCAAGUUCAGGAUCCUGAGACUGGCAGGACCUGCUGGAGCCUGAGAUGGGCCCCAGGGGCCUGAGGUUGCCUCCUCCUGUCCAGACCCAGCCUUGGCACCUCCCAAGACCGCCAAGGGCCCUACCAUGGCCCCACAGCCCCCAGGGCUGGCAGUUCCAUCUAGGAGGGUGCCUCUAGGCCCCACUCUCAGGCUAGGAUGGAGAGGCAGAUCUGGGCCUGGCGAGGUGACCUGCUUCUGGAGGGGCAGGGCCGCACCCGAGAGCAGGGACAGGUGCCCAAACACAGGGUCUCCAGGACGUAGCGCCCCCCCGCAUACUUGAAUGUAUGUGCGUAUUUAUUGCUCACAUGUCUGUGCCAUGUUGUCAAUGGGUCCUUUCCAACCCAAGAGGUACAUUUGUUUUUCUGUUUUUCCUGAAAAAUAAAGUCGGCCAAGUGAG